UACAAAAACAAUACAUUAGCCGAACCAAGGGCCGUCGAGUUGUGUUUUAAUAUGCCUUCGUUCGAUCCCUUACUUCACUUCUAUCUAAAGCAUCGUCAGUCAGAAACCGCAAGUUAGAAUGCGUCUCCUUCACCUCGUUCCCAGGCGUUCUCGUCUCACGACAGUGCCUGGAAUGGGAUGCUCCAAAUGAGCGUUAUUUGCGAAAGAGAGGGAGGGACUUUCAGUUACAUUGGUCUAACAGCGAGAGAGGGAGGGACUUUCAAUAGAGAGAUAUGUUUCCGUUAAAGGUUUUGGAUAUUGCUUUAACAGAAUGUACACAACAUAAGGUCUAAACCUGAUAUUAUUAUCCUUUUAGUUUUUUUUUUUUUUUACUUCUUGCCAUGUUCGUUUCUCCACGUUUCGGGCUUUGGAAGUAAGAGACCGGAAAUUGCAUUGAUAUCGACCAGGAUAACGCUAAAGUCCGGAUCCUCUCUAAGCCUAGCGUUUCUUUUACCGGGGUGCUGGAGAGUGGGUGACGUGCGAUCAUCACCAGGAAAAAGAUAGCAGGAACGAUACAAUGCACGGAAAUUAGAGGACCAUUCGGGAAGAUUUUGGCUGUUUCGCACAUUUCACCGAGGCGGGAGGACGUUUUGGAUAGUCAAGAGCAUGUUUUUUUAGCCAUAUACCUAACGUUACAGCAUCAACUAUGACUAGCUGAUCCAACGCUACGUUAGCAGCGAGCUAACCUAGUGAGCUAACCCUGCUCGUUUGGUAGUGUUCUCCUUGUCAAGUAGAUCUCACCAGGACAAGCUGAGCUGAACUCAAAUGUAGAGCUUCAUUGCUGGGCGUAAGCUAUAUAUAUAUAUUUAUAUAUAUAUUCGUCGAGUGGUGGUAGUGGCGGUGGGCUACAUUGUGUGUUUAUAUUUAGCUAUAGCAGAUGGGCAGUGUGACAGGCGUAUGCUCUUUGCUUUGGGGCGGCUAGGCUUUUCUUCUGGACAGCAAACAGCAGACUUGUACUAAUGUGGAAGUCCUGGAAGAGCUAAACGUGUCUCUGGUUCCGAGGUUUUUAGAUUGUUAGAUCUGUGUGGUUAUUUUGAGAUGCUUUGAUAACGUCCACUGGUGAUGUUAAACUGACAAUUAGCUGAAGCGUUUGGAGUUAUUCCCAUAAGCAAAACACGACUAGCAUUGGAUUAACGUGACUGGCGACGGUUGUUUAGUGCGGGUUAUAACGUUAGCUCCUCCGGUAUACUCUAACUAAUUUAACCUAUUGACAGUUAUUUUAUAGAAACAUCAGAAUCAUCUGUCUGCAAGGGUGUUGAUUGAUAGCUCAUUGUUUGCGGACGUGCAGAGAUCCCAUUUCUGACACUCACUUUAGCCCUACGUACAGUGACUUGAAACUUGGAAGAAACUGUCAAUAUUUGACAGCUGCACGGCCCACCAGUAACAAGGCCACACUUUGCUGUAUUAAAGCAGGACGUUUGCUGCAGGGCUUUUUAGGAACAUAUCGACAAGGAUUCACUUACAAACGUUAGCUCCAUUGCCCUGGCUGUCCAAUCUAUAGUUUUUCUUGAGGUUGUAGUUUGUUGACUACAGCUCGGCGACUCCAUGUAAAACGGGAUUUUCAUUAUUGAUGCGGUGAUGACUUUAGAAUCCACGAUGGCUUGUUGCCUGAGUGAAGAGGCGAAGGAGUCCAAGCGAAUUAACCAGGAGAUCGACAAGCAGCUCCGACGAGACAAGAGAGAUGCGAGGAGGGAGCUGAAACUUCUAUUGCUGGGUACCGGCGAGAGCGGCAAGAGCACCUUCAUCAAACAGAUGAGGAUCAUCCAUGGGACGGGCUACACAGACGAGGACAAGAGGGGCUUCACCAAGCUGGUGUACCAGAACAUCUUCACCUCCAUGCAAGCCAUGAUCCGGGCCACGGAGAACCUCAAGAUCCAGUUCACGUACGAGCAGAACAAGAGUAACGCCCUGGUGGUGCGCGAGGUGGACGUGGAGAAGGUGUCGUCGUUUGAGCAGCCCUACAUCAGUGCCAUCAAGAUGCUGUGGACGGACCAGGGCAUCCAGGAAGCCUACGACCGCAGGAGGGAAUACCAGCUCUCUGACUCCACCAAAUACUACCUUAGUGACUUAGACCGAAUAGCCACACCCGGUUACGUGCCCACCCAGCAGGAUGUGCUCCGGGUUCGAGUCCCCACCACCGGGAUCAUUGAGUACCCGUUUGACCUGGAGAAUAUUAUCUUCAGGAUGGUGGACGUGGGGGGUCAGAGGUCAGAGAGGAGGAAGUGGAUCCACUGCUUUGAGAACGUCACCUCCAUCAUGUUCCUGGUGGCGCUCAGCGAAUACGACCAGGUCUUGGUGGAGUCUGACAACGAGAACCGCAUGGAGGAGAGCAAGGCUCUCUUCCGGACCAUCAUCACAUAUCCCUGGUUCCAGAACUCCUCGGUCAUCCUCUUCCUCAACAAGAAAGACCUGCUGGAGGAGAAAAUCAUGCACUCUCACCUCGUAGACUACUUCCCCGAGUUUGAUGGGCCCCAGCGGGACGGCCAGGCAGGACGGGAGUUCAUCCUGAAGAUGUUUGUGGACCUGAACCCGGACAGCGACAAGAUCAUCUACUCCCACUUCACCUGCGCCACCGACACAGAGAACAUCCGCUUUGUGUUCGCCGCCGUCAAGGACACCAUCCUGCAGCUGAACCUCAAAGAAUACAACCUGGUGUGAGGGAGGGAGGGAGGGAGAGGUAGAGAGAG